AUGUGGAGUCCCGAGGCGGAUUCCGUCGCGUCGCCGCCGCCGGAGCCGGACGAGUGGGUGGAUUCGCCGGGGCCGGGCAGCGAGGUGUCGCGCAGCCAUUGGAUGCCGGAGGAGGCGUUCAAGCGCUGCACCAAUCCCGCGUGCGGAAAGGAGUUCACGCAGCGCCGCCGCAAGCACCACUGUCGGUGCUGCGGCAACGUGUACUGCAGCAAGUGCACCGGCUACGUGCUGCCGCUCAACCCGCUCAGCGCCAUGAUUGAGGCGGGAGGGGUGAAGGCCAAGGUCUGUGAACUGUGCUACGAGCGUGCAGUGGAUGAGGGGUAUGCGGAGAGCACAGGCAGCGAGGGCGACGGUGAAGCAGGUGGCAGUGUGGACGGCGCACAGGGGUAUGACGGAGCCGAGUCCCCUGCUGGCGCGCCUGCUGACAGCCACACACACGCGUCAAGUGCUAAGGCAGGCCCCUCAGUCUUGACUGCGGAGCAAGCACCCUCCCCCAACUCCAUCCUCUCCUCCUCCCCUUCCUCCUCCGCUGCUACCCCUGCUGCCGCCACUGCCAACAGCAGCGACGGCAGCAGUACCAGCUCAGCGCCACCCCCCUCAUCCUUCGACUCAUCCAUCCCACGCCCCUCCAGUGCCGGCCCCUCCACUCUCUCCGACCGUUUGAGCCACGCGCGCCCGCCCUCCUCACUAGAGGAGGACAUAUUCGGCGCGCGCCCUCGCCUGCGCGUUGCUGUGCUGCAGGACCACCGCCCGCACUCCAGCGGGGGCCGCGUAGCCUCCUCCGCCUUCCCCCGCUUCAACUCCAUUUCCGGUGCUGCCAGCACACAAGGCAGCGGCACCGGGGGUGCUGGUGGGAGUGGGAGCAUUAGUAUUGGCGGGGUUGGCAUGGGGGGCAGGUUGCGGGGUAGUGGUGGCAGCGGGGACUUGUUUCAGCGCAGCGUCACUCUCUCUGCCUCGCAUGAGCGCGCCACCAGGGCGCAGGUGAGUGGGCUGAGCGUGGAGGGAGGUGCAGACAGCAGUGCCACCAUCAGCAGCAGUACUACCAACAGUUAUUCCGCCUUUGCUGGUGCUGCCAGGAGCAGCAGCAGCAGCGCCGUGACCACCAGCACUGGUGAGAGCAGCAGGGGGGCAGGCGACCGGGUGCGGGUGCUGCAGAGGUACCGCCAUCUGUCAGUCUCUCUGGACGAGGAGAGGGGCGCGCGCAAGGGCAGGGGCGCUGCAGCAGGCGCGUGGGCAGCUGCGGACAGAGCAGCAGCGGCGGGGCCACAGCAUUUGGAUCUCGCGGGGAGUGGCGGGGGCGUGGGGGGAACGGGAGGGGGAGGCGGGAUGGGCGGUAGAGUGCCGCUGGGGCUGCCUCCCAGGGCAGACGCGAGGCAGAAACAGCAGCAGCAGCAACAGCAGCAGCAGGGGGAGGGCAGCAGGGGUGGCAGUGGUGGGAGCAUGCGGGGGGGAACAGCAGGGCCGGGCAACAAGAUAGGGCUGUCUCUUGACCUGCUGGCUAAGAUGAACUUCCCCUCUCAGCCCUCCCCCUCCCACCCCUCUCCCUCUCACCCCUCCUCCGCGCAACCUUCCCCCUCUCUUACAUCCGAACCUUCUUGGAAACGACCAUCCCCGCUUCAGUCCCCCGCAUCCGCGCUCGUUUCCCCCCAGCCCUUCUCCCCCUCCCCCUGGGCGCAGCCUGGGCGCGCCAGGGGGGGCAGGGAGAGCGCGGAUGUGCUGGUGAUUGCGGACAGAGGGGCGGAAUUGGAGACGGAGGGCGAAGGGGAUUGGGACUCUGAGGGCUUGGGCAUGCUGGGAGGAGGUAGGCACGCCAUGGAGGAAAGAAGGGGUGGGGGGCAGUUACGGGGAGGGCAGGUUGGCGGGGUGAGUGUGGAGGACCGAGAAAGGGAGGAGCAGGAAAGAGAGGCUCGGGAGAGGGAGGAGCAAGAGAGGGUGGAGGGGGAGCAGAGGCGGAGGGAGGAGCUGUAUGAGGAGCUGGGGGCGGGGCUGCUGCUGGAAUCCCCCUCAGCGCACGUCAAGGGCCAAGUGAAGAGCGUGCAGCUGCACGACCUGCUGGCCGCGUGGGAGAAGGGCGAGAGUGUUCUAGACUCCACCACCACCACCGUCUCGCCCCUGCCUGCCGUCUCGCCCCUGCCUGCCCCGGCUACAGCCUCCCCUCUCACACUCCUCGCCUCCAUCUCGCACCGCAUGGGCCUCGCUCCCACCCCCCCUGCCCCCGCUGCCCCUGCUGUGGAGCAGCGUGGCGAGGGGAAGGGAGAGGGGGGGCACAAGGAGGCAGCGGAGGCAGCAGCAGGGGGGGCAGGCAAAGGGGUAUCAGCGGAGGCGAUUCAGCGCCUGCUCUGGACUGACGGCGAGCCCACCGCCGUCCCUGCCUCUGCCGCUGCAGCCGCCCCUGAUACCGCUGCCGAACCUGCUGCAACUGCCGACCCUGCUGCUGCCGGUGCCGCAGCUGCGGCAUCGCCAGGGGACGCCACUUCCCCCAGCAGGGGCCAGGCGCUGGACGAGGUGAAGCGCAGCCUCGCCGCUUCCAUGGGCGCUGCUGGUGGGGGCGGAGAUCCCCGCACUGCUGCAGCGAGCGGUGCAAGCAGCGCACCUCAGGAGUCCACCCCCUUGGAUGCCAAGGCCCCUGGGGCGGAAGCACCCGGAGCAAGUGGCGGGGCAGCGGCUGCACCGCCUGCCUCGGCUGUGCGUGCAGCGCCGGCAUCGCUGCUGCAGUGGUCGUCCAGCGAUGUGCUGCACUGGCUGCGCUCCUCCGUGCCCUUCCGCUCCGCCCCCGCCUCCCACUAUGCCGCUGAUUUUGAGAAGGCGGGGGUGGAGGGGAUCACACUGGUGGGCAUGACACGUGGCCACCCUGCAUUGGCCAACAUGCGCCCUGCUGACCUGGUGGCGUUCGAGAUGGCAAGUCAGGUGGAGCGCCGGCGUGUCGUGGCGGCACAUGCAGCAGGCCAGGCUGCACCAGAGCUCGCCGCACGGCCCGCCACAGCAGUGGGGGUCACUGGGAUGGACUUGCAGCAGCUCAGGCCUGGACAGGCAGGGCAGCAGCAGCAGCAGGCGAAGCUGGUGCCGCCGCGGCAGUUCCGUGCUCUGCAUCUGGACGGCUUCUCCUCUGCCAGCUCGCGAGCCACAACUCCAGCCGACACACCCCACUCCACGGACUCUCGCAUACUCAACCCUGUCCCCGCCCGUCCUGCCACUGCUGCUGCCGGCAGCGGUGGUGCGGGGGGGCAGAAGAAGGGGGCAGUGAGCAGUGGCGGGGGCGGCGGGUGGCUGUUUGGGUGGAGCAGUGGCGCUACCAAGGACAGCCCCGCCAGUGCCGAGGCGGUGGAGGCAAGGGACGAGGUGGCAGCAGCGGAGGAGAGAGAGCAGACAGCCAAAGCCAAGCUGUCACAUCUGGAUGCCAUGCUCAAGCGAUCGCUGCUUGUCGAGUACCUUCACACACGCCAGCGGUGGGCGCCCAUGGGGGGCGAGGGGCCCCUGCCAGUGGACGACCCUGAAGCAGAGGAUGAGUGGCUGCCACACUUCGUUGCUCUCUCCGCCAAUGAGGUUUCCUGCUACCGCCAGGCCUCAGUGUGGCGGCAGCAGGGACACUGGAGGCAGGGGGGGGAGGCGGGGGAGGAGGCAGAGGACUGGCUGGUGUUCCACCUCACCACGGGGUACGGGCUGCGCCUCGAAUGUGCCACUCGCAGCCGCGUCAAGGUGAGCACCCACCCGCCCCGUGCUGCCACGGCCCGGGGGAAUGUGCUGCUUUGGGGGGUCAGGAAUGGGGUUGGGGGAGGGGUGAUGUAUUUUUAA